AGUUUUCUGCGGCAGGCAAUAAAGUAGUGAUGGCGGAGCCAGGCAAGGUGAAAUUAUUGAGCUCAGACAAUGUGGAGCUUGAGGUGGAUAAUGAGGUGGCUUUGCAGAUGGUGAUCAUUAAAGAUUUCAUACAACAUGGAGGCAGUGGCACCACUUUCCCUGUCAAUGUUUCCAGCACAAUAUUAGCAAAGGUUAUUGAAUACAUCAAAUAUCAUUUGGAAGCCAAAGAAUCUGGCCGGUCAGAAGAAGAAGUGAAAAAUUGGGAUAAGCGGUUUGUGGAUGUUGAUCAAAAAACCCUUUAUGAUCUUCUUAUGGCCUCUACUUACUUGAAAAUAAACGAACUUUUCGAAUUCUUAGGUGAUACUGUUGCUGACAAGAUCAGAGAUUUAUCACCUGAGCAAAUUGUGGCGUUAUUUGGCAUAAGAAAUGAGUUUACUCAGGAAGAGGCUGAAGAAAUUAGACGUGAAAUUGAAUGGGCUUAUGACUGAAAACGUUAUAAGGAUAGAUUUAGUAUUAUAAUUCUGACUGAUUUGUCACUGGGAAAAUAUUUUCAUAGUUCAAUUGAAUAGUUUGUGGACAUUUUAUGAAUUUAUUUAUUUAUUUAUGUGAUUCUCUGAAUCUAUUCUGGAUGA